AUGUCGUCGCAGUACCAGCAAGGUCACCACAACAAUCGCCUAUCCGACAUGUCAGAGCAGCACGACGCCCCGAGAAGGAAGGCCUCACGACAUGACCAAAGCGCCAGAUCCAGCGAGGGAACCGUCAGCACAAUGAUGAGCAAUUCUACAGGCAGAGAGUCGGCGGCCACUCAUGUCACUGAGGGCCCAUCAUACUCGAAGAAGAUUGUUGUUGUGGGAGAUGGUGGGUGCGGAAAGACAUGUCUUCUGAUCAGUUACAGCCAGGGCUACUUCCCAGAGAAAUACGUACCAACGGUCUUCGAGAACUACAUCACAUACCCAACCCAUCAAGCCAGCGGCAAGACUCUCGAACUCGCGCUGUGGGAUACCGCCGGACAAGAAGAGUACGAUCGUCUCCGCCCUCUCUCAUACCCUGAAACCGAUUUACUAUUUGUCUGCUUCGCCAUUGACUGCCCGAACUCCUUGGACAAUGUCAUGGACAAGUGGUACCCUGAGGUCCUGCAUUUCUGCCCCUACACUCCCCUCGUCCUCGUCGGCCUCAAAUCAGAUCUCCGAUCAAAGCGCACCUGUAUCGACCUCCUCAAGACCCAAGGACUGACUCCCGUCACCCAUGAACAAGGAAUCAACGUAGCCCGCAAGAUGGGCGCGCAGUAUAUGGAGUGCAGUAGUAAGGAGAUGACCGGAGUGGAGGAGAUCUUCGCAGAGGCCAUUAAUACGGUGGUCGCCAACGACAAGAGCAACCAAAUUCAAUCGCAGACGGGUUACGGUGGUGGUGGAGGAGGAGGAAGGUUCAGCCAACAGAUGGGCGGCAUGAGGAAGAAGAAGCGGAACUGCCGAUUCCUCUAG